AAUGACGUACGCAUAGAGGAAAGGAGCCAAGAGCAGUCGCUGGAGAGGCAAGUGGCGAGUGGCAAUUGCAGCCAUUUAGUGCACGCACGACCGUUGUAGGAGGAGGAGGUGCUGUCCGGUGCUUCAGAGUCGUCAUGUGCGGCUUAGACAUGUCUGAGGCGUGGCUGCUGGCUCCGUUCUUGGUGCUGGUGACAAGCUGUCACCACGCCCCCACCCUCGCCGCCAUUUCUUCGACAGGUGUGCAGAAGGCCCUCGUCACUACCCGAUUUCCCAGAUGUGACCCGCAGGAGAUUAAUGUGACAGCGAAUCAAGGACCCUUUCCAGGAUGGUUCAACUACACUGUGAAGGUGAAGAACCCGUAUGCUUGUGUGGAUGAGAGGAUCUACCUGGAAUCUGUGAAGGAAAGCAGCAGAAGCUACAGGGAUGGAUUUAAAUUCAAGGCUGCAGGAGAGCACUGCUACAUGGAGAAGGGCUUGUACUCGUUGAAGAUGGGAGAAGUGAUGUCCAACAACUUUUCCCUGAACGGCCUUGAGCUCUUCUGUGAGGGAUUCAUCUUCCUGAGUGACAGUGAGGCUCAAGUGAAGUUUCAUAGGCUUCCUCCGUGGGUCAGCCAGCUGGACCUCCAGGUGAAAGACAUGGAAGGGAACAUUGCUGGCAGAGUGAUUUCAAAAGAAACACUGAUUAUUAUCCCAGGGAACUACACUAUCAAUAACUUAUACCGCCUGAUGUACCUUCCUGUUGUGUACAAUUCAUCUGAGUUGAAGUGCAAAGAAAUGUCAUAUGCUCUGCCCUGUGAAGAUUGUAUGUACAAGCAGCAGACAACAGGACCUCCCCUGGAUGACAACAAAACUGCAGUGAUGCUGAUUGCAAUCCUGGGAGUGUGUUGUCUCUGUACUGGCUUAGUGGUCAUCACUACCUUCAGCCAUACCAGAACAGUUAACCAGCUUACCUGCCUCCUUCCCUCUUACCACAACACGAGAGGCACCAGGAGUGAGUCAAGGUCUUUAGACUCUCCCUUAAUUACUACACAACUUCCCACUGACAGAUGCCAAAUUUCUCCAUGUGUUGGGAAUGUGCUGUUGGUGCAUGCUGCAGACACACCAGAGCUGAUGCACUUCUGUAAGAACCUGAAGGCUACCAUCAUCAAGUGCUGCAGCAGAAAGGUUCUGGACAUCACUGUGAGGGAUGUGCAGAGAAUGGAAUCCCCAGAGACUUGGCUGCUGCAGGUGUUGUCCCAGCAAGACACUACAGUUCUGCUUGUCAUGUCUCCAGUACUGGCGGCCCUGCACAGGAGUAUCCAGCCUAAUGAUAGUGCUGCAUGUGAAGGGAGCACAGCAGCAGUGAAGGGAAGAAUGCAGGCCUGGGACAACCUGCUGCGGGAGUGUCUGCGCUUCCUGCAGGAGCGCCUCGCUCUCAAUUACACCCGCCUCCUGAUCGUGGCCAAGUCACAAAGAAGCCUCAGGGACGACAUUCCUGAGCUUGUACCAGACAAGAGAUACCUGCUCCCUCGCCACCAACAGGAGCUGCUGAAUGCACUGGGAAGCUGCCAUGCAUAAGUCUCAUCCCUCACCACCACCAUGAGCUGUGGAGUGCACUGCUGAUGUGUCUCUUUUGCCCCUGAGGCUUGAAUAGUAGAAAAAGUUAGUGUGUGUGGGAUUGGGUAUGAGAACCUAAAAAGGAAAAGCCCAUUUCAGUAAUGGUAUUCUUGGGAAGUGAGUCUCAGGUUAUAUAAAAUCAUAUGCCUUAGUUGGACAUACUUGAGGUUUGCAAAGUUAGUACAUGUGUAUGUGUAGGACUGGGCAAUAGAAAAUAAAAGGAAAAGCUUGUUUUAGUAAUGGUAUUCUUGGGAAGUGCUCAGAAAUGGAGUCCCAGGUUACAUAAAAUUACCUACCAUGGUUGGGCAGACUUGACGUGUUAGGUACUGAGCGACCUAACCGUAUAUACACUGCCCUGUAGGUUACUUAGCUGAAUAAGUCUGUAUGUUGAAGUGGAGUGGUGGAGAAUUGGCUGUCAUGUUUGUUGGUCAGUAUUGGAUCAUGCAUGACUUUUUUAUCUGGCUCUUCUAUAUUAUUUCAUGACCUCAGCCAGCUGUGCUAUGCCAAGGCUCCUGGGAUGUGAUUGAUGUAUGUGUGAGUGUGUGUUGCUUUUUCUGGGCCACCCUGCAUGGGAAUGAUGGCCUGGUAUAUAUAUUUAGACAGACAGAAGUGUAAAUUACUAUGGUAUAAAUUGCCCAUCACUGAACAAGUAGUACCCAAUGCUUUGUUUGGAUAUAGGAAAGCAAUGUGUUGCAGUGUGCCUCAUUCGUACAGGACCAGAUUUAUGCUAGUGUUGUCAUCACAUAAUCACAAAACUAAAUAUUGCAGACUGACACUCAAACAAACUCAUCAACGCACACUCACAUACCCAGACUGCUGUGCCAUGUCAGAACCACACAUAUCUUCAAAAAAUGUCAUAAUUAAUGCAGUAGUCUUACCCAGUAAUCAGCAACACUUAGACAAGUUGAUCAGUGGAGGCUUAGGUACCCACACUACUGCACUGUAUCUCAGGACAUCACAGUGAAUGUUGUGAUUAAUGCAGUAUACUUGACAGUAAUCACAAACUAAAUGUCACAGUCAGCACCACUCAUGAAUAAGUUGAUCAAUGCACACUUGAAUAUCCAGACCACUGUACCAAAACUCAGGACCACAUGAUUAUCUAAAAAAAAAAAAAAAUAAAUAAAUAAUUUUUUUUUUUUUAAAUAAAUGAAACACUAUUAUAUUUGCCAUUGAAAUUAAAAGGUAUUAAUGAUAUACAAAUUAUUAGACAAACAGCUUAAGUUAAACCUUAAACUAAACACAUAUGACAGAUCUUUGCAUGAUCCAACACUUUAAAUGAGCUCAUCAAAUUACUGUGGUGAAAUGUACAAAUUUGUGUCCAUUAUCAUAUAUUUUAUUUAGUGGAAUUGAAAUAUAACAACAGUAAAGAGAUUCCUAGUGAAAUGUACAAAAUUCUGUUCAUUAUCAUAUUUCUGAUUUUACAGAAUUUAAACACAAUAACAAUAGACUAUUUCAUCUCAUGAAAUGUAGAAAAAUUCUGUCCAUUAUAAUAUUUUUGAUCUAGUAAAAGUUGAAUAUAAAAACAAUCAACUAGUCCCUAGUGAGAUGUACAGAUUUCUGUCCAUUAUAAUAUUUCAAGUUAGCAAAAUUGAGAUACAGUAUAAGGCAAAGAGUAUGAAUGAUGUGUGUGUGUGUGUGUGUGUGUGUGUGUGUGUGUGUGUGUGUGUGUGUGUGUGUGUGUGUGUGUGUGUGUGUGUGUGUGUGUGUGUGUGUGUGUGUGUGGUGCCUUGUCUAGACCACCUGUUUGUGAUUGCCAGCCUGGUAUAUAGACAGAUGGAUAGAAUUUUUACUUGAACCAUGAAUACUAAGUAAGUCUAUUUAUUCUAACAUUUUUAUUUACACUUAAGUAAUGAUGAUAUGACAUUUACUGAUAGUCACUUCAAACUCUUACUACAUAAUAAUUACACAAGUGUACCUGUUGAGAUUUUCUCUCUCUCUCUCUCUCUCUCUCUCUCUCUCUCUCUCUCUCUCUCUCUAGAUAUUUUAAUGCUUUAUUUCACUGGGUAAUGCAGUAUGUAUCUGUACUGACCUGCACAAGUGAUAGUUAGUGAGUACAAUCAGCAGAGAACAGUUUGAGUAUAGAAUGUGUAGAUGUAAUUUAUUAUAUUCCUGUCUGCCUAUUUUCUUCUAAGUAAACCUAACUCAUAUUUUACUCUGAGUGAGUGUGUGUGUGUGUGUGUGUGUGUGUGUGUGUGUGUGUGUGUGUGUGUGUGUGUGUGUGUGUGUGUGUGUGUGUGAAUGUAAAUUGUAACAUGUAUUUUACUUAUAAUAAAAUAUUGGCUAAA